AAAAACAGAUAAUAAAUAAACAAAUACUUGCACUAUGAUAACGAAAUUUUAAGAACAAUAUUUUAAUUUUAAAGAAAUAUCAAACUUCUGUCAGUUGGAGUAAGAGCUAUUUACCACUGCCCUACUUAUUUAUAAUUAAUAACAAUGUCUAAUUUUAAUGAAACUGAGUACACACAUAUUGUUUAUAAAAAUAAUCCGCUACUUUUUAAAAGUUAUAUUAACAAACAUGUGAUAAUCACUGCUGACGACUCAAGUGUUCAUCAAGGAAUUGUUUACACCGUGGACCCGGUAUCCGAAAGUGUGAUUCUGUUGGAACCAGCCGAAGAAGGAAAAUUCAAUGGUAAAAUAAUAAUAGGCCACUCGAUACGCAAUAUUGAAAUUUCAACCAACCCAGGAAUUGAUCUCCCGGAUUUAUUCCCAGCAAAUGAAAAAAAACUAACGGCAGCUGAAUUAAAUGAACGGCGAGAAAAAAUAAAAGAAAGACUAGCAAUAAAUCUCUUUAAUCCUGUUGACAACAACGGGGUAUUAGAAAUCCAAGGAGUGUUCUCUAUAGAACCUCCUUAUGAGCGAGAAAAUUGCGUUUGCACAAACCCAAUCGUCAUGAGCCGACUACUAGGAAUUAUUUUCCCAGAUUCUCAAAGUUAAUUUAGUGACAAAUAAUUAUAUUAAUAGAAUGAACAGUUAGUUAAAUUAAUUAUUA